AUGGGAGUCGAGGCGCCCUACAACGAGGAUAUCAGUUUGGUUCAGGCUGGGCUUCCCAGUCUGGAAACCGGCUCCACCACAUCUGAUGCCACUCCCCGCGGGGUGAUGAACGUCACGCCGCGGGUGCCGUGGCAUCUGCUGCCGUUUGCGGCCGCAUUCUCCACCAUGGAGGAUGGCCUCCGAAAUUAUACCCGCAGCUGA